AAAUUAGUUAUUAGUCAACUCUCUCGCGCCUUAUAUAACAAAUUUAGCGAAAAUGUAUAGAUUAUUAUAAUAGAUAGUAUCAACAAUAGAAUCAAUUAGGAUACUAAGAAUGUUAUCUACUAAUCUACCUAAUAAAUAUUGAAACAAGGAAGAAUAAGGACAUUAUUUAGUUUGUAGUUCAUUAGAGUUAGUGCAAGACCAUUCAAGCUAUGAUAUCGUAUAAGAAGCUAUUGCUUGCAUGUUUAAUUUCAUGUAUCUUAGUCGUCUUAGUUCAGUGUAUUUUUUAUGUUAAGUCUAUAAACUUUUAUAAACGCUAUUAUAAAUUAUAUUCUCCGAAAAAUGAAAUGUACUGCCAUUUUCUACCUGUCUUGGAUACACUUCCUAGUGUAAACGACGACGAAAUAAUAAAGGAUACAUCUAUUUUCUUUCUGGAAACUUCUUGCAAUUCGUAUUAUGGAGAAAAGAUUUUAAUACAGAGUCGACAGGCUUGUGCCAUAGAGAGUGCAGCUAGGGCUAACCCAAAUAAAACAGUUUAUUUAUUCUACGCAUCGCCUGGUAAGUUUCAAGAUGACCAAAGUGAAUCGGAUGGACUAAUCCGGAACUUAAUGUCAUAUCCUAACGUCAAAUUAAAAUAUAUCAAUAUGAAAAAGUUCGUCCAAGGAACACCGGUUGAAAAACUAUGGACUAGUGAAAAAAUAUUUAAAUCUCAACAUAUUUUACCGCACAUGAGUGACAUUUUAAGAUAUUUAACGCUAUGGAAAUAUGGAGGAAUAUACAUGGAUCUCGACGUAAUAGUAAUGAAAAAUUUGGAGACUAUCAGUAAAAACUUUGCAGGAGCACAGGAAUCCGAGAGCAUAGCAAGUGGAGUGAUGGGGUUUAGUAGUAAUGGGAUAGGGCAUCAAUAUGUCAACUCUUGCGUUUAUGAUUUGGCUGAACACUUUAAUGGAGAUGUUUGGGGUGCAAACGGUCCUCACAUUAUCACAAGAUUUGCAAGUAAACUGUGCAAUGGCAACGUAAAGGACUUUUUAGACAAAUCUUGUGAAGAUUUUCAUAUAUAUCCAACAGACGCUUUUUAUUCCAUUCCUUACCCUGCUUGGGGACUUUUCUACGACAGUAAAGAACUUGCCAAUGUUAGGGAAAAAACCAAAAAUAGUUUCCUAAUACAUGUAUGGAAUAAACUGAGUGCCGGUAAAAAAAUACCUAUCGACGAUGAUAUACCAUAUCUGGAUUUUGCUAGGAAAUAUUGUCCAGGGACUGUCCUAAAUUUAAAGAAGUAUUUUUGAGGAAGCAGUUGUAUUUGAAAAAACCAAUAAAAUUUUAGUGAAAUUUAAA